AACGUAUUUUAACCAGUCAAAAUAAGUUCCCGUCUCCGUUGCUGGUUAACUGGUUAAAAUAAGUAGAUAUGGUAGAUUUGUAUAGGAAUUUUGUGAAAAAGUGCCUAAAAACGUGUUAUAAGGCAGCGUUUUAGGAUGUGAUAUCAUGGUUUCUGCGUUGUUUGUCUUCGGCUAUGUCGCCGUCUUCGUAGUGCCCGUGUUAUCCUGUCGACCAAAGGAGUAUAAAACAAAUGAUGGGCAGUGCUGCCCGAUGUGCAAUCAAGGUACAGUUGUUCAGAGAGACUGCACAGCAUUUUCAGGAACUCCAUGUCGUUUAUGUGAACCGGGGACCUUUAUGAACCAACCCAACGGCCUGUAUAACUGUUUCCCCUGCACUUCCUGUGAUACAGGUCAUGGUCUCUUUGUCAAGCAGAACUGUACAGCAACAACUGACACACUGUGCAAUGUUUUAAAUGGAUAUUACUGUAAAGGUUUGACAGACAGUAACGGAUGUAGUUUGGCAGAGAAACAUUCACAGUGUGCAGCUGGUCAGAGGAUAAAAGAACCUGGAACCAGCAGAAGUGACACAGUGUGUGAAGACUGUGAGCCAGGCUUCUUUUCCAAGGACGGUGUGAACUGUACAGCUUGGACGAUUUGCUCUGAAAGCCAGAUUGAAGUUGAAGAAGGAAGCUCAACCAGUGACGUCGUCUGUGGAAGCGCAUCAAGACAUCGUUAUGUUUUUAUUUUAUCUGUUGUGCUUUUCCUAAUAAUAGUAAUUUGCCUUGUGAUAACAGGAUUUGUGAUAACAGGUAAGUGCCAUCUAACCAGAGUCAAAUCUGCUCACUCUGUACAGCACCCACAGUCACUAACAUGUUAAUAACUCUGUUUUUUCGGGAUCACAGUUAAGAGCAGAGAAUAUUCGUUGAAGGACCACCAAUGAUGUCUGAGCCUGAUGGCAGAAUGCGAACCUCGUGCCUGUCAUCUCUCCUCCAUUUUGUUAGUAGGAGUGAUGUGCUGACAUCGAUGAUGGCUUCACCUGGUUCGGGACUCACUGUCCAACGUGGCAGGUACACAGAUGUGCACAGCUGUUUAAUCAAAGUGCCGCUGCAGUCGUCUGUUGAGUGUGAUGACCAGCCAUCACCAGUCUGGUUUCCUCUGCUUGAUGCUCGCUCCAUUACAGACAAACCACUUAUUGUAAAUGAUGUCUUCAUCAAGGAGACUCCAGACUUCAUGCUCCUGACUGAGACAUCACAGCAGGAUAUGGAUCAUGUUUAUUUUGAGGAAAUCUGGACAGCUGGCAUCUCCAUCAUUGUAACUCUGUGUCUUUCAGGAUAUGGCAGAGGACUUUCUGCUGUGUACCAGCACAGACUCACAUGCAGGCUGAUGAAGUCAGACUCUAUUUCUUCAUUUAAGUUAAAGAUGAUUAAGGUUGGUUCUAUGAAAACCUUUUGCUGUAUUUUAAUCUACCAACCUUCUAGAGUAUUUUCGGCUGAAUUCGGCGACCUUUUAUCAUUUAUCAUUACAUUGGGGAAGGUUGUAAUUCUGAGAUAUUUUAACCUUCAUAUCGAUGGAUCCUGUAACUCAGCUGCUGAUCUCAUAACAGAGUCUUUGAACUUUAAGCACCAUGUUUCUGGCCCCACACAUAUAAAAGGCCACACGCUGGAUCUUGCUUUCUCCCUGGGUUUAAAAACAAAUGAUGUAUGUGUGAAAAAUGUACGUUUUCGAGACCACGGCUGUAUAUUUUUUAGUCUGUCAUUUGUUCUGGAUCCUUCACUUCAUAAACUGAUGAUUCAAAUGUGGAUUAUAAACCAGGAUCCUGCUGAGAGGGUCCCUGCCUUUUUUGAUGCCAACAUGACUCAUAGUGAUUUUCACACAUUUAUUUUGUCCUUUAACAAUGAAUGUAAGUCUACUUUUAACACACUGGCACCCCUAAAACAAAAAAUUGUCCAAUGUUCAAGUUUUUGUACUUGGAAAAAUGAACAUAUUAAUUAUUUCAGGAGAUAUUUGUACAAGUUGGAACAUUUGUGGAAGGCUUCCAAGCUCCAGCUUCAUGAGUUACAUGUUAAAGAAUCAGUUUCUACACUGAAUGACAGGUCAAAAAAUGCCAGAAUAGAGUAUUUUUCACAUCUUAUAGCUUCAGAAAAGAAAACUCUUAAAGUCUUGUUUGAUACAAUUAAGAAUUUUGUCUCUCACAAUAUUCCUCAUGCACCAGUGUUUUUAAAGUCUGAGUGCAAUAAGUUUUUGCACUGUUUUGUAAUUAAGCUAAUGAUAAACAGGCUUAAGGACAUGUUUGGGAAUACUGGUGAUGUUUUAAAAUGGCUCAUGUCAUAUCUAUCUGGGAGAUCUUUUAGUGUUUUUAUGAAUCAGGUUAUCUCUGAAGCAACAGUUGUUCCUUCUGGGAUACCUCAGGGGUCUGUUUCGGGUCCGAUUCCUUGUUUGCUUCAUGUGCUCCCUCUGGACCGAAAUAUUAGAACUCAUUCAUGCUGUACAGAGUCUACUAACUCUUUAAAAGAGCAGCCAAACACAUUUUUGUACAAAGCUUCGUAUUUUAUGUUGUAUUAUAUCUUUAUGAUACAUUAUCCUUUUGUUUCUUGUAUAAUUGUGAGGCAGUUUAUUUGUAAAAAGUUACAA